AUGGAGCCCACACAUGACCUUCCGCCGCUCGAGGCCGAGCCUGCGCAAUCGCGAGGAGGAACGAUCAUUCGAGUCAAGAGGAAGCGAAAUGAGCAGCCUCUCGAUGCUCUCGUCAUUGUGGGCAUGAUGCCACCCUCCAAAAGAGCGGCGUUCGAUGCGCUCUCCGCCGCUUUCGCGACUCUCUCCACAAAGGCAACGACAGGAGCUCCUGCACAGCCAGCCUCCGCGGAGCAGGCCGCACAACCGACACGGCGCCUGUACAGACUGGCUCACACUGUAAAGAGCACCAAGGAAGCUGAAACCAAGACGGCGCUGGACAGGAUCGAGGAUAUCAAGCAAAAGCGCAAACGCACUAUCGAGGUGAGCAAGGAGGAGAAAUCUAAACAGGUCGUACAGCAGAAGCACGAGCAGACACGAACAGCACGUCUCAAAGUGGUGGAGCGACAUCGCACGAAGGCCGGAACAAUCGUCGACGUCGCUGUGGAGCGGGAGAGCGGGACGGAAACGGCGACGAAGAUGCCUCCGCCCGUCUACAUCAAGCCCGCAGCAAAGGCGGUCACAACGCGGAAGCUGCCAUCGGCGCGCAGACAGGGCGCAAGAUUUACGCCCAACCUCGCGGCGGCUAAGACCCAGGAGCAGGUCCACGAGAGCGAGCUGCGCAAGAAGCAGCAGGCGUCGCCUUUUGCAGAGAUCAGCGACGAGACGACCUUCAGCCAGUACCUGCCCAUGGUAAAGAGCUACCUCGCCGAGAUCAAGGGCAAGGAGAAGCUGGACGAUGACGACGAGUACGAGUACGAUCUCUACUACUUUGACGACACAGCCGACAAGGCCGAGCUCGACAGGGACUACGGAGUGUACGUUAUCACCCUCUUCUUCGUCUAUGAUAAGCCGCCAGUGGCACGUGCGCGGAGUCUUGGCGUGUCGCUGACGUCUAUCAUCAAUAGGGUUCACAUCGAGUCGUUUGAUGAAGAACUGGUGGCGGGGAACGAGUACGAUGAAAGCGAGGAGGAGUAUGAUUCUGAGGAUUCCAAUGACGAAAACAACCCCAACUACGAAUACCCCGAGGAGAGCGAACCCGACUCGGACGGAGAAGAAGAGGGUGUCUCUGACCUGUCGAGCGAUGAUGAGGAAAGCCUAGUGACCAUGCACUGGCGGCAGCUGCAGCGAGAGGAGUACUCCAAAUUUGACGAGAGCAUGGGCGACCUCGAGGACGGCGGCGAUGACGACGCCUUGGACGACGACGACGAUGACAACGGCGCCGUUCCUCCUCCGAUGAUCCAGCCCGACUUUGCCUUCUUCCAGAACUGGCGGGCUAUGAGGAAGUAG